AUGCCUAAAACAUUGAAUUCAAGCUUUGCUACUUAUACAACAAUGAUGCGUAUAACUAAAAAGGGAAGACCAUUUACCAAAGAUCUAUACGACAUGUUCUCCGCAGUCUUACUCCAAAUUGAACUAACAGACCAUCGAACCUUCUUUCGCACUUAUCCAUACACAUUUACCACUGAUGAAGCCAUUAAGGUCAUGUCAUCACUUCAAUUCAUUCAUGUUCAUCGACAGCCUGAUCCAUCUGACCCAUCACGACAGAUCUCGACGAGAACAACAACGACAUUUACCAUGGAUACCACGACGGCUAAGAACAUGAUACAGUACUUUCUAUCUGCACGUCUCAUCAUGAAUGCGACAGACCCAAACAAUUGGGCAGUCAAGGAUAAAGGUCUAUGGUGCCCGACACUCAAAGGCAAAUACAUCUUGGAAGAAUUCGCAGACUACACUCAAGUGGAGAUGAAAAGCAGUUUGAUUGCUGCAUUAAAUGCUCCUUAUAUGGUACCUUCCGUAUCGGGAAGUACAGGAGGACGGAUCAUCAAGUUGGACCGAUUGACAGAUCAUGACGACCAGAUCACUUUCUCGCGCGCCAACAUGACCAUUGCGUUCAAAGCAAUGCUUGCCAGUUUACCUCUCGAUGCGCUCGUCUUGGAUGAUGUGGGUGGUAUUGAUCGAAAGAACCUGUCUCGGUAUCAGCACACGUUUUUAGGCACUCAAUGUGUCGAAUGGCUCGCUGAUCGACUGACGGUGAGCUCCAAGGAGGAAGCUGAGAUGGUCGCCUCCGAGUUUGUCCUGUUUGGAUGGAUAGGCCUUGUGGUUGAUAAGUCAGACAAGUCCUUCUGUGUAAACGAAGAUGGUAUCUCGUUCAAGACAUCUCGGUUUGCCAUCUACUAUGUUACUGAACGCGGCUUGGUGAUUGCUGGAUGGAAGCCGCCUCAGGAAGAAGCCAUUCAGCAGGCAAGCGACAUUUCCUUCACUUCAGAAACAAGUUCUAGCAGCAAAUCUUCCAUGAUCAAGCAUAGGCCAAGUCCGCAGUCGUCAGUCAGUAGGAGUCAUCGUCAUGUAGAUGAGGAAGGUCCAUCGUCUGCUGCCAUGUCUCGUAGUAGCUCAUUAGGUGAUGCUAGUGAACAGCUAGCAGCCAUGUCCAUAUCUAAAGAGGGCACGCCACUACGGCCACCUAGUAUGUCGCUUACAGACUCUAGCAUGUCCCAUGGAAGUGUUGCAUCCAAGGACACUUCGCAUUACACACGACUACAUCACAUCUUGGACACUCCGCUCCUUCGCAUGUACUUUCGUGAUUUCCUUAGAGCCAAUUACUGCGAAGAGAACAUUAAUUACUGGGUUGAUCAUGAUCGGCUGAUUCGCAACUUCAAGCUGGGUACACUGUCUGCCCUAGACCAGCUUGCUGAGUGCUACGCUGUCUAUGAGAUGUACCUGAGCCCAGACGCAAAAACCGACGUCAACAUCGAUCAUAUGCUCCAUCGGGAGAUUCUAAACUUUGUCAAUUCCGUAUUCAUCCCUGUUCCACAUCUUCCGAGCAAUACCAAGGUUCCUUAUUUUACUACUCUGCCGGCCACUACGGUGACUAAACCGCUAGGCCCAUGUGAUCGCCUCCUACUCCUUCCUCCUCAAGUCAGUGUCAAGCAACGAACGAUCGUCAUCCGCGGCCUUUCCCCUGACCGUUGUCUAACCAAGCUCUUGGGAAUACUCAGUCGUGUGAACGACCAUUUGUGCAAGAUGAUGGCAGAAGACUCUGUACCCAAGUUUAUAAAGACAAGGAGAUAUAAGGACCUCAUGAUUCAUCAACAGUCUCUUUCGCCAAAGGAGCAAGCUAUAGAAGAUAGUCAAAUUGAAAUCUUGACGACUCUUUCUUCUUCAACUACGCCUCCUCAAAGAUUAUCAUUGGAUGAGCAACGACAUGAAAUCCAAGCUUAA